UAGAACAUUUGAAAUUAAAAGAUAAUAAGAUGCAUGAAUACUUAGAGUAUCCAAGAUUAUUUUCUUCCUCUCCCCACAAUUGGAGUGUACAUUACGCUCCGCCACUUGUAGAUCUUGCUGUCAAAUCAAACCUUACGCACUCGUGCCAGGAAUUAUAAGCUGGGGUAAAUCAACUUUUCUUUAAACAAUACCUUUCGCAGUGCUAUAUAUUCACUUCAAGGAGAGGGUUUGGCAAGUACACACACCGGGUUCAAGGGGUAGGACUAGGUUUUCUGUCCCAAAUAGAUAUCAUCUAUUUGACAAUGGAAUUACCGGCGGCAUUGAUAUCUAUUUUACCAAUCCUUUGGACUCUUGCAAGUGGGAGUGUAGACCCAAAGACAAUGCUCGCAUGCAAUCAAAGGGAGUUUCGAUAUAAUGUAGAAAAGCCGCCUUACGUCGCUCCCGAUGGCACUACUAUAACAUGUAAAGGAACUGUGAAAGUAUGGGCAUGUUAUGGUAGAUGUGAGACAAGUGAGGUCGGAGACUACGAAUUCCCUUUCAAGCUCAGCUUCCAUAAUGUUUGCACCUAUGGCGGUGAUGUUGUGAGACGGCGGGUUACGCUCGACUGCCCAGGCUAUCCAGAUCCUACCGUGGAACUCUUCGACGUAGAGCGAUGCGAAUGUCAAGUUUGUCGCUAUGACAAAACAAGUUGUGAAAAUAUCUAACUAAAGGAAAUAACAGAUCUUGCCUCAGUUGUCUGUGAUUUUGUAUGUUUUUAAGUGUAAUAAUGUUAGCAAUGAUAGACGGGCAAAAUUGGCCUCAAGUCUGUUAAAGGAAACGUCCAAAAUAUUGGCCAGAAAAAUGUUUAUUUUAUAGGUUUAUUUUAUGUCCAGAUUUCUCCUUUUGAGUAUCAUGCUUUCGUCUUAUUUAUGACUUUUUAAAAUGAUGCAAUUAAGAAAGAAAAACCAAGAGUGUAGAACCUAUUAGUUAUCUGAAGUAUGACUUAGAACAUUGAUAGAUUACCGUAGGGUGUGGUGGUAAAUGGCGCGUUAAAUGAGCGGCGAUGAAUGUUUUGUUUCGCCCGAAGAAAUAACAUGUUUACUAGGUGAGGCACGUUAUAUUCACGUGCUUAAUCUUACUAGAUAAAAAACGAAUGAAGUAAGGAUAAAACAGAAAGAAACAAGUUCAACUUGUCACAAGGUGCUGACAGAAAUUUAGGUGUAAGUUAGAUUCACGACAGAAUUUCUAAAUCAAAAUUGAAAAUACUCCAAGCGGGACUCGAACGAACGCAAAAUUGCCAAAUAGCCAUUUGUACAUGUUUCCCACCUUGACAGGUUAUUAACACGCCCUUGACGAAUUAUGUUCAAGUUUAGAUGUACUUGAUAACUGGAUAUACAUGCUGUACAUUGUACUUUGAUAAAUGAAUGUAGAUUGUAUUAAUGGGCUGUGUAUGUUUCUCUCUUUCAUAUUUAUUACAAGAUAUCAGUUUCUCCUUCAUAUUCUAUAAAUCAUUAUUUUGUAGUAAGUGUUCAGACUUAUUAUACACAUGAUACACAGAUACUUAUAUUUUCAAUAAAACAUGUCUUUGCAUUUGGCUUUUA